AUGAUGAUAGCGAUCAGCGCUGGCAGCACCGAGGAUGCACGCGCCCUGCUGGAGGUGCGGCGAGCGCCAUACAGCAGCAUGAUGGUGCAGAUGCAGCACUUCACCGCUGCCCCGAUCGUGUCCCUGCAGUGCUGCUCGGGAGUGAUCGCCGCGCUGCCCUUGCCCGCCAUGCGUGCAGGCCAGCUGCUGGCAAGCGCCGAAGCCAAUCCCAGCCUAAUUUACGUCCACUCAAAGGACGGCCUGAAUGUGUGGCACCUGGCAGCACAGAGUGGCGACCCGCAGGUGGUGAAUAUGGUGGCAGCGGCGGUGUCUGAGGUUCUGUCCCACCAGAAAAAGCAGGACAAGAUGCUCGCGCAGGUCAACGCGGGCUUCAACACGGUCAACCUCGCGGUCAACCACAUCGCAGCGGCGACAACUGCCGCGAUCCCCUCCCAGAUCGCGAUUCCGAUGGGUCGCAACAUUGACAAGGACGCUCAGACACGCGAAGGUAAGACUGCCCUAAUGGUGGCCGUGCAGGGGGGCCACUCGGCUGCGGUGGCGGCGCUCCUGUCGUGCGGCGUGGACGCGUGGCGCGGAGAGAUCCGCGGCAAUACCGCGCUGCACAUGGCGGUGUGGCAGGGUGACAUCGCGUGCGUGAAGCUGCUCCUCGCCCACGCGGACAACGAGGAGUCCCCGGACCUGCCAGACGCGCGCCGCCUUGUCAACUCGGUCAACCUGACCGGGCUGACGCCCGCCCACUUCGCAUGCUGGCGGGGCCACGGCGGCGUGCUGCGAGAUCUGGUCAAUGCGGGCGCAUACCUCGCGGCGGGUGCGAGCGGCGACAGCAUGGGGGACGUCUCAUGCAACAAAGGCAGCACGCCCCUCCACCUGGCGGCAAUGAAGGGUGACGUCACCAUCAUCCGGCUGCUGCUCAAAGCCCACGCCAAGCUAUUGGAGCUGACGGCUGGCUCUGACCACCGACUGCGCGACCCGCGACGUAUCCCAGACGGCUACGGGAAGACGGCAUACACGAUCGCGUUCGACCUGGGGCGGUCCGAGGCAGCCGAGGUGCUGGAUCCGACGGUGGCGCUGCAGGAGGCCGUCAACCGCGCCACCAUCAACGCCUGCCCCAAGAAGGCUCGCGGCAGCGCCGGCGCCGGCGCAGCCGCCGCGGCCGCGGCCCUGGGGAGGCGUGCCAAGAAGCCUGCUGGCGACGGGCCGCACGGCGGCUCGGCGUCGCCGGAGCGGCGGGCGGGGUGGAUUAAGGCGGCGUGGGAGCAGGAGGCUGUGGCUGUUGCUGCCGGGCCCGCUCAUACCGUGCCCGCGGCUGCACAGGCCCCUGGAUCAGAUGCCAAGGCUGGGCCGUGGCUGCCAGCGCUCGCAUCCCCGCCCCGGGCGGUGGCCGUCGGGGCGGCGGAGGUGCCCGCCCUGGCGCCGCCGCCCCGCCAGAAGCAGGCGCAUGCGCAGCAGUCGGUCGCCGCAGUUGAGCAGACGGCUGGUAAGCCGCUGCCGCCGCAGCAGCGGCAGCAGCAGCAGCAGCAGCAGCAGCAGCGGGAUGAGGAGGGGCUGCAGCGAGCUGCCGCACGGCUGCAGGGGCACACGCAGGCACAAGAGCAGCAGCCAAACGAGCCAGAGCAGCAACAAGAGCUGCAGUCCAGCCAGAAGCAGGCACAGCAGCCAGCUUCGGAGAGGACGGCAGCAGUGCUGUCCGCUUCAGAGCAUGGCCAGGGCGCGGCGACACCCCAGCCCCCGCAGGCUGCGGAGGUCCCAGUCCCAGCACUUGCACUGGCGGCGCCUGCUGAGGCAGCGCCUGCACCGCCGGCGACCGCCCAGGAGCCGCCAGAGGACCUGGUCUGCCCCAUCACGGGGGAGCUGUUCCUGGACCCUGUCAGGGCCAGUGAUGGGCGCUGCUAUGAGCGGGAGGCAAUCGAGACCUGGCUGAUGCUGGGAAACACGUCAUUCCCCGGGGGCCGUGCCCGCAUUGCCAGCCGCAAGCUCACGGCAGACGACGACACAAGGCGCCGCGUGGGAGAGUGGCGGGCGGCGCAUUGA